GUAACAGUAUCCUUCGAACAUAUUUUCAGUGACCAAGAAGACUCCUUUAGUAGUCGUUUUCUUGGGAUUUGUUCAAUGUCUGCUACGAAAUCCCAAGAAGCCUCUUCUUCGGCUUCUCCAUGUAGUUAUCAUGUGUUCUUGAGCUUCAGGGGUGACGACACUCGCAAGACUUUCAUUGAUCACCUCUACACAGCAAUGGAUCAAGUCGGAUUUCGCACCUUCAGGGACAAUGAUGGCAUAGAAAAAGGAGAAGAUAUCAAGUGUGAACUCAAGAAAGUGAUUCAAGAGUCAAGGAUUUCGAUAAUAGUCUUCUCGAAGAACUAUGCCUCGUCAACUUGGUGCCUCGAAGAGCUUGUGAUGAUUCUCAAACGUAGGACUCUUGGACACGUAGUUCUACCUGUCUUCUAUGAUGUGGAUCCAUCUGAAGUGAGGAAGCAAAUUGGCAGUUUGGAAGAAGCAUUUACAAGCCAUGAAGAGAAGCUCAAAUCAGAAAUAGGCGAACUGGUGAAAGAGAAAUUGAAGGAUAAGUUAGGAACAUGGAGGGCUGCACUUAGAGAAGUUGCAGAUUUGGCCGGGAUGAAUUUACAAAAUCAAGUUGAUGGACACGAGGCAAGGUUUAUCAAGAAAAUUAUAAAAGUGGUUGGAGACAAGCUAAGUCGCACGUCAUUGAACAUUGCCCCCAACUUGGUUGGAAUGCAUUCUCGAGUCAAAAACAUUCAGCUUUGGUUAGAAGAUGGGCUAAGUAAUGUUGGCAUAGUUGCAAUUUGUGGCAUGGGUGGAAUAGGCAAGACAACCACUGCAACACUUCUGUACAAUUUGAACUUCUCAAGAUUUGAAGGUAGCAGUUUUAUUGCAGAUGUAAGAGAAAUUUCACAACAAAAAGAUGGUUUGCUUUGUUUACAAAUACAGUUUCUUACAGACAUUUGUAAGACAAGGAAUGUAAAAUUCAAUAGUAUUGCUGAAGGAACUGCUAUGAUUAAAGAUGCCAUAUGUGGCAAAAAAGUUUUGGUAGUUCUUGAUGAUGUGGAUAAACUUGACCAAUUAGAUGCACUUCUUGGAAUGCGACUUUGGCUUUUUCCAAGAAGUAAAAUCAUCAUAACCACCAGGCGUGAGCGGUUGCUAGGGGCUUAUGAAUUCUAUAAGGUGCAUAGGCUUGAAAAUCUGAGUGACGAGGAAUCCUUGGAGCUUUUUAGCUGGCAUGCCUUUGGAAAAUGUUGUCCCAACAAUGGGUAUGGAGAGGUUUCAAAAAGGGUGGUAAGCUACUGUGGAGGGAUUCCAUUAGCAAUUAAAGUUCUAGGUUCUUCUCUAUCAAGGAAUUGCUUAAAUGUAUGGAAAAGUCAGUUGGAAAAAUUGAAAGCGAUUCCUAACAGUCAAAUCCUUGAAAAACUUCGAAUAAGUUAUGACUCUUUACAAGAUGACCACGACAAACGUCUAUUCCUCAAUCUUGCUUGUUUUUUUAUUGGGAGCGAUAAGGAUUCUACAGUUACAAUCUUGGACGGAUGUGAGUUUUACACAGUGGUUGGGAUUCAAAACCUCGUGGACAGAUGUUUGAUAUUGCUUGAUGAAAGUAAUACAUUGGUAAUGCAUCAUUUGCUUCAACAAAUGGGAAGAGAAAUUGUUCGUCAAGAGUCACCAAAGGAGCCAGGCAGACGUAGCAUCCUCUGGAAUCAUAAGGAUGCAUUUAAUGUUUUGAGAGAAAACACUAGUACAGGUGAAAUAGAAGGCCUCAAACUCGAUAUGUGUCUGUUUAAAGAGGAAGCAUAUGCUUGUACGAUUUUUGGUGACAAUAGAAAACGUUGUUAUGAAGAGUUCCUUGGGAAGCCCUUAUUGUCAAAUUUGGGUGAUUCGCUUAAAAGAUAUGGUUUCAGUAUCUUCUCCUCUCACCUUGAAGAUCAAAAAAAUUCAAAUCUAGUGGCUUUGGAAGCUGAUGCAUUUGCAAGAAUGAACAAACUAAAACUUCUGCAGCUCAAUUGUGUGCAGAUUAGUGGGCCCUAUAAAAAGUUCCCCAAAGGACUAAGAUGGUUGUGCUGGCGUGAAUUUCCACUUAAGUCCAUACCUAGUGAUUUCCCUUUGGAGAGCCUAGUUGCUCUUGACAUGCAAUAUAGCCGCUUAAAAAAUGUAUGGGAAGGAACCAAGUUUCUAUGGUUUUUAAAAAUCCUCAAUCUAAGUCAUUCAUAUAGCCCGACGUUUCAAAACUCUCCAAUCUUGAGAGACUGGUGCUUAAAAGUUGUACAAGUUUGGUUGAGGUUCAUGAAUCUAUUGGAAGCCUUGAGAGACUUGUUUUGUUAAAU